UGGACUUCAAAUACUUAUAGUUUUUUUCUAUCCAAAAAUAUAGUUUUUUUUUAGUAUCUAUAAAACAUGGGUAAAGGCGCAGGAGUGAACUUUAACUUGGAUUUCAUAUUGAGAAUAAUAGAGCUGGUGAAAAUAUGCCUCGCAACAGGAAAAGGAAAACUACUAUCGGACUACCACACCGAACAACAAAUGCAAAACGCUCAAGACUUAUAUAUCGGAUGGUCAGAAAAUAAGGGCUGUUGCAAGAACCACUCAUAUCCCAUACACAACUUUAAACAGGUAAUCCUUAUUCUGGCUUUAGUUUUCUUUUUCCUACGAGGCUACAUAGUUGAUGCGCUGGUCGCCGAACACAAAUUUUCCCUAUCUGAGGGUUUGGAUGCUCUAAGCAUAUCGAGUAGUGCUUUUAUAUUUAUUUUGGCAGUUGCAUUGGGAAUGCAGAUCUUUAAAAGCAACGAGUUGGAUAAGGAAUUCGAGGCUUGGUUAUUCACGGUUGGAGCUACUUUGCUGAUCGCCUGUGGAAUUGUGGUAUGUAUUUAUUCAGACCGGUUCUAUAAUGCAACUCGCCUUCUGAUCGGCGGACUCAUUGGAAUUGUAGGCGGAUGUGCCUUAUUGGUUAACGCCUUGAAAGAUUUCAACGUUUUUUGAUUUAGCAAAAACUUGUUAAUGCUUACGUAUAUUUUAAAUGAAAAAAAUAAAUAAAA